CCUUCCAGGGAAUACUCAAUGGUGGUGGCGGCAGUGGCAGCCACUUCCUCCUCAUUGACUCCCAUAGACCUCCAUCCUUGGCCCUUUAUAAAAGGAAAUCAAUGCCCCGGACGAGGAACAUCGGGGCCUUGUGUACCCUACCUGAAGACACAACUCACAGUGGCAGGCCUAGGAGGGGCGUCCAAAGAAGCUAUAUCAGCAGAAUGGCAGAGCCAGCCCCGGCAAACAUGAAUGACCCCCUUCUGUUGCCUCUCCGCAUGAACACCCCAGGCCUCAGCCUAGUCCAGAUCCUACUGGGAUAUAUGUCCUGGCUCACCUACCUAGCCUGCUUCCUGAGGACUCAGACCCAGCAAGUUUUCCUUAACACCUGCAGAUGCAAGUUGUUCUGCCAGAAAGUCAUGGAAAAGAUGGGCCUUCUGGUCCUCUGUGUUUUUGGCUUCUGGAUGUUUUCCAUGCACUUACCAUCAAAAGUGGAAGUCUGGCAGGAUGACAGCAUAAAUGGUCCAUUGCAGAGCCUGAGGAUGUACCAGGAGAAGGUACGACAUCACACUGGGGAAAUCCAGGACCUACGAGGUAGCAUGAACCAGCUCAUUGCCAAACUCCAGAAGAUGGAAGCCAUAUCUGAUGAGCAAAAAAUGGCCCAGAAAAUAAUGAAGAUGAUUCAAGGUGAUUACAUUGAAAAGCCAGACUUUGCCCUGAAGUCCAUAGGGGCCAGCAUCGACUUCGAGCACACGUCAGCCACGUAUAACCACGACAAGGCUCGCUCCUACUGGAACUGGAUCCGACUGUGGAACUACGCGCAGCCCCCGGAUGUGAUCCUUGAGCCAAACGUGACACCUGGGAACUGCUGGGCCUUUGCCAGUGACCGCGGCCAGGUGACCAUCCGUUUGGCCCAGAAAGUCUACCUGUCCAACAUUACACUGCAGCACAUUCCUAAGACAAUCUCGUUGUCGGGAAGCCUGGACACCGCACCAAAGGACUUUGUCAUCUAUGGCUUGGAGAGCCUACCCAGGGAGGAAGUGUUCCUAGGGGCAUUCCAGUUUCAGCCAGAAAACAUCAUCCAAACGUUUCAGCUCCAGAACCUGCCACCCAGGAGCUUUGCUGCAGUCAAGGUGAAGAUCUCCAGCAACUGGGGGAACCCUCGCUUCACCUGCAUGUACCGUGUGCGUGUGCACGGCUCUGUAACCCCUCCCAAAGACUCACACCUAGAGCCCCUAUCCUAGAGUAAAGUAUAUUAUUCAGUCCAA